AUAUUCUUAUCCUUUCCUGAAGGCAUGGUGGUGUCCUUAAGACUGAAGUAUUGAAUUGGGAUUUUCAGAUUCAGAAUCAGCAGACCAAUUGAUCUGUCAGCAGAACCUCUCUGUGUUUGUUAUGGACAUCCAUCAGCAUCAGAAGAUCCAAGAAAGGGGUGUGGAGAACAAUAGCAGAAGGUUUGAAGAUGGCAGCUUAAAUCUUGAAGAAGGCAAAGAUAGGCAAUUGGAGAAGCAACAAUUGCCAGCUUCUUCUUCUCCUCCUUCAUCAUCUCCUUCUCAUGAAUUUUCCUUCUCAGUUUCUCUUCAAACUUCCUCCACUGACAAAGCCAAAGCCCCACCUUCCUUCACCAUUGAUUUGUCUCCAGCAGAUGACAUCUUUUUCCAUGGCCAUUUGCUUCCUCUUCACCUCCUCUCUCAUCUCCCAGUCCCUCCCCGCUGCUCAACCAACUCCAUUGAAAGUUAUACCCUUCCCAUUAGAGACCUGCUAAGUGACAAGGAGCCCAAGAAAGAGAGCAGCGACUUCAUCAAUUGCAACAGCGAUGAACACUACCAAAACAACAGGAGUGAUACAAGAGAAAAAGCCAAGUCCAAGUCUUUUUCCUUGCUUGGUUUAAGGUGGAGAAAGGGGUAUGAAGAUGAAGAGCAAGAAAAUAAAGUGAAACAGCUCAAAAGGAAGUUCGGGUUCAAUUUCAGCCAUGUACUGAAGAGAUAUGCGAGAAUAAUGAGGCCAUUUUUACACUUCAGAGGGAGAAGAGAUGAUAUGCAACCCCACAGACAGUCUUAUUCAUUUUCAGGUAAUUUAAGUUUGAGAAAGAAGCCAGAAUUGAGAGGAAGAAGAGGCGAGUUCUCAGCCCCAGUUUCCAUGAGAACGUCUCCAACAAAUAGUGGUGUCCUCCUUACAACAACAACACAUCCUCCGUCCAAUAACGACAGCACAAUGGAGGAGUUGCAGGCAGCAAUCCAAGCAGCAAUAGCUCACUGCAAGAAUUCCAUAUUGAAAGAGGAGAGACUCAAAUGUUAAGAGCGUAUACAACAAAGGACACAUAUUGUUCAUAUUCUAUUUCUUUAUUAAAAAUUAUUCAGCAUAUUCUCUUUUUCUGCAUUAAUGUGCGUGGUAUGUACGUGUAAAUAGACAAAAAGAGGUACCAAUUCAGUCCAGAAGGUCCGGUUUGAAAUAUAUAUAUUACGUUUGUGCUCCGGCCCUUUCAAUGUUUUAUUUGCUUAAAA